UCGUUUGCUGUCUGAUCUGUGUUGCGCAUGGCUUGAGCAGCAUGAUAAUCCCAAUGGGCUUCGAUCUGCUCAGGAGUGAGAUUAAACCAAUCAAGCUCACUCCAGGGCUUUUUCAUCCAAUCGUCUGCACCAUCCUUCUUCUCCUUCUUAUCAUUCCCACCAUCUUCCUUCUUACCAUCGCGUUUAUUAUCAUUCGUCUUGGCACGUCCGAUCGCACUGCUAGUGCCAUUUUUGUCGCGGGUGCCAUCUUUCCUAGGCGUGUCGCUAUCUUCGUCUCGCUUCCUUUUCAAGAUGAACCUGUUCUCGUCGACGAAAGUGCGUAAUUUGGGGUAUUCCAUUGCCUUGCCUGCAUGACCCGCGCGCAAAACAUGGCUUGUCUGACUGAUAAGCCAAACAGGUGGCGCUCUCUUCAGCAUGUAUGUAGAUUGGACGUCGUCUGCGAUCUGCUCCAGGUCUUCGUCAUCUUCAAUGUUCUCGCGGGCGUUGAGUGCUUUCCAGAGGCUAUAUCCCCGAGCCUCAGAGUCGUUUGAAUCUUUUUGUGAUGCGCGGACAGGUGGAGAUGCGCUGGUAUCUGAGAGGGGAGUCGAUACUGUGGAAGGGACUUGGGCUGGAGACUUCUGUGCGAUUGAGGGAGCUGGGGCCUGCGUGAUCGGAGGAGCUGGGUUUUUUUUUGGUUGUUGCAGAGUUUGAUGCAGUCUUAUUUCUAGGCUGCUUCUU